CCGCUAGUUUAGUUUAUUACGAAAAACGGGAAACUCGAUAACUCUCUAUGGGUAAUAAUAUUUUGAUGAAAUAAAUAAAAAGCAAAAUUCAACUGACAAUUAAAAAAAAAAAAUAAGGAAACAAAAACAGAUACAAAAUACACUGCACAUGCAGUAUAUUUGUAUUUAUGCUGAUAAUCGCUGCAAGCAAAACAAACGAAACUCGCGUGAAUGUUAAUGUCAAAAACAACACCUAAUAAUACAAAAAGACGCAUGACUUCCAAUCAGAACGUUGCGAACAGUGCUAGCGUAGAGACCGUUAUAUCUUGUGCUGCUCGUCGGCUGUUUUAUGACCGUUACAUUUGAUAGAACAGUGUUAAGUUGAGAACGAAACCCAAAAAAAAAACAAACAAACAUAGCUGUGUCAUUAUUAGUAGCAUUAGUAGUAACUAACAGUGACGAUGGUUAGAGCAUAAAAACAAAAAAAAAAACAAAAAAAACAAAACAUAAAAACGAACAAAUUGGAACGAGAAGGUGUUCUUCUUUCGGCAAACGGUUGACGUUUUUUUUAGUAGAAAAGCAUUUGAAGAAAAACGGACGGAUUCGUUUCAGACAGUGCUUCAGCGUACCGUGCAGUAGUUUGCCUGUCAUCGUAUGCCAGUAGUGCUGCUACUUCUCUUUCAAGUAGUUGCGGGUCUAGCUCUUUUACUAUUUCUAAUUCAUUACGUUUGUUAUAUCGCUAAUGCAGUUGUUCGCGAUUUUUGCGAAACGCUUUUAAACAAAUCGAGUCAGUUACCACAACAGCUAACCAACGAGGAAGUGGUCGCACGAAAAUCUUUAAAAAUUCCGACAAAUACCAAAAAAAUGCAAAACACUGAUGAUGCAAAAUUUAUUAAAAAACGUUGGAAAGGUGGCAGUAUUGAACCUCAUCCCUCUGAUAAAGCUUUAAUUGUUAACUAUCAAUUGGAGGCUACUGUUUUUGGUGAUCCCAAUAAUCCUAUGCUUGGUGAAAAGAAGAAUUGCCAGAAAGUUAUACGUUUACGUUCGUUAAACGCUAAAACAGAUCCUGCUGCAUUGGCGCGAGAAGUUGUAGAUAAAUGCGAUCUCAUACAUAAGUCACAAUUGGCUGAUGUCGAGCAAAUUAUAUUCUAUUUAAAAAACCGUAAAGAUAAUACAGGAGUAGAUAUAGCCGACAAUAAUAUGGGUCAUCGUUCGGCAAUUGCUUCACAUCGUUCUCUAGCUAGGCCUCAUACGGCUAUGAGUUCAUCUGGUGUGUCUUCAUCGUCCAAUCAGGCGAAAGCGGAAUCUCCAGAUAUUAGCAUUAAUCAUAUUGAUGAAUAUGUGGAAUUGCUAUAUGAAGAUCUAGGUGAACGUAUACGAGGCUCAGCUAUGAUCUUGCAAGUGGCAAGAAAUCCGGAUAAUUUAGAAGAAUUAGAGAAGAACGAAGCUUGCUUGAGUGCUUUAUCGCGUGUAUUACGUGAGGAUUGGCGUAAAAGUCUAGAUUUAUCUACGAACAUAAUUUAUAUAUUUUUUUGCUUUUCUACUUACACCAAAUUUCAUCCCGUAAUUGUGCAAUACAAGAUUGGUUCGCUUUGCAUGGAUGUUAUCGAUUACGAGUUAAGACGUUACGAGAGUAUGCGUAAUGAAAUAGACGUACGUAAAAAUCCUUUAGGAUCAACCCCACUAUCAGCUAAGGCCAGUAAAGAGAAACUCAAUAAUAGCUCCGAUGAUUUUCUAGAUCUCAUGAACGAGGAACGACCAAAAGAGAUGGAGCCGCCUCGUCGUCGUAUACCUGAAUUAAAACAACGCCCGAAAUCCGGUAAUUGGUCGAGUUUUCAUAGUUCCAUGUCAUCGUCUCUCAUUAAAAGUCAAAUAUUGAAUAGCAGCUACCAUGAGGCAUUAUCAUCGAAUGGUACUCAGACACCCGAUUCGGGUAUGUCGAGCAGCGGUGACAUGAAAGCGACCAGUAAUGAAGCUUUAGAUCGUAACGAUCCCAAAGUUAAAAAGGAGGAAAUUGAUCGUUUAAAUAAACAAUUGAAAUUGUUUGCUAAAAAGCAAGAACAACUAUUAAGAGUGGCAUUCUAUCUGCUGCUCAAUAUGGCUGAAAAUGUAAAACUUGAAGAGAAAAUGCGCCGUAAAAAUAUAGUAAAAAUGUUGGUUAAAGCUUUGGAUAGACAAAAUAUCGAUUUGCUUAUGUUAAUUACAACAUUCCUUAAGAAAUUGUCAAUAGUUGGCGAUAAUAAAGAUGACAUGAGCGAUUUAAAUAUAGUUGCAAAACUGCCCCGACUUUUUCAAAGCGGUCACUCAGAUCUCGUGCAAGUCACUUUGAAAUUAGUAUUCAAUCUCUCAUUCGAUGGUUCCAUACGAAAAAAGAUGAUAGCAGCCGGUUAUCUACCUAUGCUAGUGAUGUUUAUUAACGAUGAGAAACAUCAUGGAAUAGCAGUCAAAAUUUUAUAUCAUAUGAGUUUGGAUGAUAAGGUCAAAGCGUUGUUUACACACACCGAAUGUGUACAAAUGGCUACAGACGCGAUCAUUUUGAACUUAAAUUCUAAAGUUGAUCUCGAUUUAAUUGCAUUAUGCAUUAACCUUUCAUUGAAUCGUCGCAAUGCCCAAAUUAUGGUUGAAGGCAAUCGCUUACAUAGUCUUAUGGAUCGCGCCUUCAAAUAUCAAGAUGGCCUAUUAAUGAAAUUGUUACGUAAUCUUUCCCAGCAUGAAUCGUUACAGCCAUUAUUCAUCGAUUAUGUAGGCGAUUUAGCUCGCAUCCUAACUAUAUGCGACGACGAAUCCUUUAUCGUUGAAUGUUUGGGCAUAUUGGGUAAUCUAUCAUUGGCCGAUUUGGAUUAUUCGCAAAUAUUGCAAAACUUUCAAUUAAUACCAUGGAUACGCAAUGUUUUAUUGCCGGGCACCAAAAUGGAUGAUCUCGUUUUGGAUACAAUUGUCUAUUUAGGCACAUGCGCUCAUGACGAAUUGUGCGCAUUACUAUUUUGUCGAGCACAAGUCGUUUUAUCACUUAUCGAAUUAUUGAAAGCGAAACAGGAGGACGACGAGAUUGUAUUGCAAAUUAUAUUUGUUUUCCAGCAAAUUUUGCGGCACGAAAGCACCCGUGAAUAUAUGAUUAAAGAGACCGAGUCACCGGCGUAUCUUAUCGAUUUGAUGCAUGACAAAAAUUCAGAGAUACGCAAAGUUUGUGACUACUGCUUAGAUAUUAUAGCCAUCAGCAAUAACGAAUGGGCGAAACGUAUUAAGUUGGAGAAAUUCCGUAAUCAUAACUCGCAGUGGCUGUGCAUGGUGGAGUCUCAACAGCAUGAAGACAAUAAUGAAGAUUACAAUGAACAGGAAGAAGAAGAGCAUGAUUUGAAUACGUAUUUACGAGGUGAAUAUCUGGAUAAUUGUGAUCUAUAUAAUAGUAAUCAGACCAAUAAAGAAAACGAAGAUAACGACAGUAAUAAUAGUAAUAAUCCAGCUAGUCCUAGCAAUUCGACCUAUGGUCGACCGGCGAGCAGUUUUGCCCGCAGUCAAGAUUUAGAUGAUUUAUAUAAUAUGUCAAUAAGCACCAAAUCAUCACAAGGUUCCAGUCAAGGUGACAAUAGUUUUAUAUUUAAAUCAAAUAAAUCAUUGGAUGCCGAUUGUCUACAUGAGGAAUUUUUAAUGGCUUAAAAUUGUGCUUAUAAUGGUACACAGGAAGAGCUUUAAUCAUUUUCUUUUUCCCUUCUAAUCAGAUUUGCAUUUUCGUUAAUUAAACUCUACACCACUCGAAACGAUAGGUCGUGCAAAGACUUGCAAAGGCUUGCAAAAUAAUUCCCUUGCAAUUUGCAUACACGUGUCAUUUUUUUUCAUUAACAUGAAUCAUUUCAGCUAAGAUAAGAAAUUCGAAUGCCUAACGCCUGAACCUAACCUAAUAUUACGGGGGUUAAAUAAACACCUUUGUAUCUAUUUGUUUUUAUUUGUAAUCAAUUAUUCAUUCAUUCAUUCGAACGACAAUACGAAGAAGGUAUUCAAUGAGAACGUCUAAAACUUUGGCUGAACGCCACAAAAUUACCAAAAUCUCUUACGCUUUUCAUAUAUAUAUAUUCACUUGAGACGAUCGAGAUGAAUCCGCGACCCUAUAAAGAAUGUAUGACAGGGUGAUUAGGUUUGUCGUGAAAUUUCAAUUUUGAUCAUUUGUAUCUUCGAAUCACGUUCCUACCACCUAUUAUUCUAUUUUUUUAUCACUUACACUUAAUAAAGGUGAGAAACAGAAAAAAACAAAAAAAUUCUUAAACUUUGGUUUAACUAUAUAAAUAAAGUAAUUUUAUUCCCCA